AUGUCAUGGGACACUGGCGAGGCCGUGGGUCUAGUGUGCAUUAUUCUCACUGCAGGUCAUGCACAGAAGCUCAGUAAAGAAAUUCAGGAUGAUAAAAGUGGCAGAUAUGGCCACCUGAAGGGGGUGCCCAAGGCUCUGCUUCCAUCACCUCAAGGCAAGAGGAUCCUUGACCACUGGUGGGAUGCAAUUAAUACGCGUCAGCUUUUCAGUAAUGUAUUCCUGGUCACCAAUGCAGACAAGUACAAAUAUUUUGAACGUUGGGCAACCGCCUCAGAGUUUCCUGUAGAAAACAUAAUAAAUGAUGGAUCUACCACUGAAGCUAAUAGCAUUGGUGCGGUUGCAGAUUUUGAACUUACUCUUCGAGUCAAGAAUCUUUGGGAAUACGAUAUUCUUGUCAUUGCUGGUGAUAUGCUCUUCCAGGAUUCCAAGUUUGACAUUGCCCAGGUGAUUGACUAUUUCCGUCGGAAAACAGAUGGGGAUUUAGCCAUAUACUAUGAUAUGGAAGAGUCAGAGCCCAUUUCAUCAAGAGGUAUUGUUGAAGUUUGCCAUCAGACAAAUAAGAUCUUGAAGUUCUUAGAGAAGCCUUUACCAAAUGUAACUGGCUCUCGAAAUGCCAGUGUAGUCUUUUACACUUUCCGGAGUGAGACAGUGGCAUUGGUUCCAGUGUAUUUGGGUGAACAUCUGAAGACUACACAGCGUACAUUUGGCGCAUUUAUGGAAUGGAUUAUAAAUGUGAAAAAGGUGUUAGUUUAUGGGAUGAAGCUGCCCACAGGUUUCCAACUUAUUGGACAAGUAGGACUGAAGGAUUAUGAGUCUUGGGUGUCUUACUUUGCUAACCAAGAAGAAAAUGAAUGUAGAGAUCCUAUUACUAUGA